AUGACUUUGAAAAAAAUAUAUAAUGGCCAUUUCCGUAGAGUACCAUCAAGCAGCGAGAAGGCUGACAAGAGUUUUUGCAGUGAAAAAUCAGCUGAAGUAUUAAGUGAAAGCAAAAGUUUUGAAAAUAAAGGAAGUUAUGGAAUCGUAAACAAUAUCUUAUAUGGUGCAGGUUUAGGUGUUGGUGCUGUUGGAUUUUCACUAGCUAUUUUAAGUUCAACUAUCUUAGCUUCUUCUGUUCUUUUCUCCACAUAUUUUUGUGCCAAUACAUGUAACGUAAAUGAAGAUGACAUGGAUGACGACUUUAUAUAA